CGGAAUGUAAUCCGUACUUUUGUUUUCAGGGUAAAUGAAUUAGAUGCGUGUAUUAAGUCACUGCCUGUGUCAGAGUUGGAAUAGCGAUGGAAGCGCCGACGCUAGUUCUUCUCUUUAUCUCUCUUACUCCACUAGGUUGCUGGCCAGCGACAAGUCCGCCCUCUCCAGGUGUAUGGACGAUUACAAAUGAACACGACCAACAGUGCAUGGUGAUGUCGUUCUCCGCACAAGUAGAAGUCAGUCACGGACACCAGCUCAGAACGUUCAACAUUCUGCCGACAUUCGAAGCGAGCAGUCUUUGCUCCAUACCGUAUCGUCAGUUUUCACUGGUUCCGCCUAACUCUUCCCGCACGCAAUUUCCGCAACUACACCUUAGUUUCCAACUGAAUAAGGAUGUUGAAUACACCAUGAUUCAAGCCGUUGCAUUGUGGUUCGACCCAACCAAUCAAGAGUUGGAGGGAGAUUUCAGGCAGGGUACCAAGCUCCUGAAAACCACAGUGCACUACAAGCGCAUCUACCAGUGUGACCAGGAGCUGCAGCUAGAUCUGGAUAGCGGGUAUGGCAAAGUAUACCUGUGGGAUAUGAAACUUAGACCAUUCGCCGAAAACUCCGAUGGACAAGUUCAAGUGUGUUCAAGCUCGUCGACGGGCGUCAUUGUCUUCUCCAUCGUUGGAGUUUUGGCUGUUGUCAUCAUCAUCAUCGGAAUCAUAGCCGUCGUUUGGCGCAGGCGUAGGAAGCAACCAGCAAUUCGACGAAUCUAUGACCGGAACACGGAGACGGCGAAACUACUUGAUCCUAAGAGCAAUAAAAACAAAACAAAACAAAGCAAAUAAACAAAACAAUCUGCAACACCUUAGCAGAUGGCUUUUGGUACUCGCCAAGUAGUUUCAGUCUUAGACCCAAAAAAGUGUCUGUUUCAAUCUGGUCGGGAGCUGGCUCCAAAGUGGCGCGGGGACGCGGCUUUUUAAACCUCACUUUUGACUAAAUAUAUGGGGACUCAUUUACUGUACAUAUUACUCAGCUGUGCCUCAUCAAAAACACGUUAAAAUUACGCAGUAUAGCAGGAUUCCAGUCGAUUAAGCACGUUUGGCAACUUUCGAACAUCGUUUUAAUACCAAAUAAAACUUUUUUUAUUUGGCCGGUGAACAGGUCUACGGCAACGCACGCGCAGACCAGAAACCGGAGACAUUUUUUGGCCUUAGGCCAGGUAACCAUUAAUUUAUGCUUUACUAACGAAGCCAAUUUAACUAGAAGUAUUAUAAGCAGUUUUAAUCCGCCUCGAGCAGAAGCAUCCCUCUUCAGUUGAAAAGAGCUGUGUUGGCCAGGGGAGACAUUUUGCUGGUAGCAGUACGACCGUGACGCAUUCAUUAGUCGUUCGUAAACGAGUGAGGUUAAGUUCUGACCAAAGGAGUCUCCAUUGCUAAGAAAAUAUCGCCAUAUCUUGAGCGAGUUCUAGACCAAUUAUGCAAACUCACCUCACCUGUGUUAGGCCAGUUAACCUUAAGAAGGUCAAGACGGAAUGCCAUGCCUGGUAUGUUUUCCUCCAGUACUUAAAAUCUUGUCAUUUUCGUUCAAAUGAUUUAUUUAUAGACUUGAAGAGUGUCUGGCACACGUUUUGACUCAAAUAUUGUAAGAAUUGUGACUCAAUGUCAAUUUUUGAAGCAAAUUUUCCAUCAAGUGUAUUCGGCAAAAUGCCCACUUGUGACACAAUAGUUAUGAAACACUUUGCUUGAUCGUAGGCCUACCGACAAUUGCAUUUCUUAAUAUAAGCAGUUACAGCAUAGGGGGCUUGAAAAUGGUAAAGCUGGGUUCUGGUCUUAAGAUGGUCGAAAAACCUGGACAUUUUCGGUUGGACACUCCUCAGGUAUUUUAUCAGAUGGGCUGAUUUCAGACGUUGGUAUGUUUAACUAAAUAAAAGUCAUUAGCAUCUCAGACAAUUUUAAAAGAACUCAAUAUACUGAAACUGGCUUUGAGUUAAUAUUCUACGUUCUCAGUUCUUAAGAGGUGAAAUUAUCAAAGUCUACCGCCUUUGCGACUUUGAAAAUUUGGAACAAAAUAUAUAUAUUAGUUCUAAACCUUUCAUGGAAUUUCACAUUUAGUGGUAUAUUUUUAUGAGUGAUGUAAAUGCGAACACAGAUUCAUUUGGGGAGAGGGGGCCAAGGAGAGAUUAAAAGUCAAACAUGAGUGUGCACUAGCACCAUUAUGAGAUAUUCGUUGGGUGCCCGGAAGAAGAUCGUAAGGGUGAAAAAAAGGUCAACAGGUCAAAACUUGGUCAAGAGGUCAAAUUUAGGUUUUUCAAGAAAUUAAUAGAGCGCUGAAAAGUCUUUCAUCUGGUAUAUGUAUCGCUUCAAGGGCUAGACGUAAUUAUGAUUUAAUUAACAGAAUGAAAAGACGGAAGAUGUUUUUAUUAUUUUGCUAGGAAUAAGGACGUUGGCAAAUAUACUAACAUAACAAAAUUCCGCUUGCGUCCUACUGAUUUUAUGAUGCCACUAUGUAUUACCUGCAGAAUGUCUUUAGGAUUUAAUUUGGUGCUUAGGCGCACGUUUGAGGCACAAGGAGUUCCCAGCAAAACAUUGUUGGCAUAAAACGUAAAUUGCUAUAAUCAUUCUUUCAGAAAACAAGUAAAUUCUUAAAGAAAAGAGGUGUGCAUCAAGCCGGCAGCAUACAAAGACGCAGGCAUUUUGUAAGAGACUAGAAGAGAGGCGAUGUAAAAAUUGAAGGACAAGCAGAAAAUGCUUCUUUAUAAUACAAUGGUCAGCGUUGGGCAUGAAAAUUUAAAAGUUUGGCUUUGCCCGUAAUACGUCGUUGUAAGAGCAAAAGCCAGUUUAAAACUCUUUCAAAACUUUCUGUUGAAGAUCCGUUAGGACUUGCUGGUUCUUCGUGUUGUAGGAUGGCUAUAUGCACACAUAAAAUUCGCAUACCGUAGGGAAAAUAUAGUUCUUUCAUAAAUUACACCAGUGAAAUAAAAUAAUUACAACAUUUCACUGAGGCACGUGUUGCAUACCACGUUGUUGACAUAGAGAUGGAUUGCAUAUACCAAGCCGGCUCGGCUUAGGAAUCAUCAGCAAAACUAAGGAGGUGUCAAAAUAGUAACUCAGAAAAUGCACCUGAUUCAACGGCGUAUCCAGCUUUUGGUGUCGGGUGGGGGGCAAAUUCAAAAGUGAAUGUGACUUUGGGCUCAUUCAACGUAAUGUUGGGGGAAAAUUAUCAAAAUCCUUACUCGCAGUCCCGACAUCCUCGCUUUCUUUUCAUGGUGUUGUUUUCUUGGGGUUCUGAUGCUAAUAUUAUUUUGAAACAUAUAGAAAUGUACCGAUUAUUUUCUUUCCUGCGAAGUAUUCCUUGUUAGAAGAUCCGUGGGGGCAAGUUUCCCACCCUGCCUCCCGCCCCCGCCGUGGAUACGCCACUGAUCUGAUGCCACCACGCACACCUGUAAUAAAAAUACUCAUUGAGUCAUAUACUACAUUAUCUAUCAUCUGUUAAUGUUAAUAAAAUGAUACAUGGUGUAUAAGUAGACAAAUAAAGUUAUCAAGUUUUCCCAUUCA